AUGUCCCAGCAGCAGAAGCAGCUAACAAUCAACACGCAGGUAAGCACAUACAAGAAGCAGCAACAGAAGGCAGGCAACAACAAGCACAAGGCAACAGAAGGCGUAACAACACAGCACGCAUACAACACCCAGGAAACAGAAAGGCAUCACCAAUGCAACACAACACGAGCAACAGAAAAGCAGCAAACACAACACAGCACCAGUAAGGCAGCAAGAUCACAGAUAAUAAUAAAACCCGCAGAGACCGCAAGGCAACCAGAAGGCAGCAACAACACAGCCCAACAGAAGAAGGGCAGCUACAACAACACGAGCAACAAGAAGCUACGAGAAGCAGCAACAACAGACCAGGCAAGAAGCAGCAACACAGAAGCAACAACAACAACUACCAGCAACAGAGAAGCUCGCAACACAACACCACCCAGAAGGCAAGCACACACCAGCACAGAAGCAGCAUCCGAAGAGCCACAACACACCCAGCAACAGAAGCAGCAACAGAAGCGCAGGAGAACAUCAACACGCAGGCAACAGAAGCAGGCAACAACAACACGCCAGCCAACAGAAGCGCAACAACAACACCAGCACAGAAGGAGAACAGAAGCAGCAACAUACACACGCAGCAACGAAGCAGCAACACAACACAGCAACAGAAGCAGGGUAUUCGAGCAACAACAACCACAGCAACAGAAGCAGCAGCAACAACUACCAGCAGCAGAAGCAAGCACUGAUCAACAGGCCAGGCUAACAGAAGCAGCAACAACAACACCAGUGCACAGAAGCAGCAACAUCAACACGCUAGCAACAGAGUAG